GAAUUAAUAACUUUAUGAGGUAAUGUAUAAUGUAGGCUGAACUUAUGAUGAGCGUGGGCUGUUUUCCAUAGUAUUUCAUUUUAUUUAUUGGUAGUUAACCUCUGCAUAUUGUAAUGCCUGUGUAUGAAUGAUUUAUAUGGUAUAUAUAUCAAGCCCAUAUUCAAAUCUGCUAUUCAAUCUGGUAGUGAUGUGAAAAUCUUGGAGAAAAGCUUCACACACAGUCAAUUUGAAGCCAUGAAGAAACUGAUUGUCUGAAUUCCCUGAGAGUCCCAUGGGUAGUGAUUUCCAUUUAUCAUUGCUCUUUUGAAUUUAGAUAUCUUCGCAAAAGUAUUCACGCAAGGAUGAGUGGUUCUGAUUGAUAUUGCAGCUACAGCUAUAGUUUUUCCAUAUUAAGCGUGGUGACUGGUCAUGGCAUUUUUCUAUACUAUAUAGUAGCCUCAUGAAACUAUGAGUGACAUGAAAUCAGCUUCUCAACAAGAAUACAUAAGACUGUAUAUCUCAGUCAGGUCUUUGAUAUCAGGCAGAAGUCUUUAGUUUAUAAAAAUCUAUCUGGUGUUCAGAAAGGUGACUAAUUAAAAUAUACAUUAUAUGAAAAACAUUACGUAGAUGCUGAGGAUAAAUUAUGAUAGAUGUAAAGAUCAUUAGAUUUUUUAUCUCAUGGCCGUUUAAAUUAAGUGUUGAUGCCUUGUUAAUGAUUAAUUACAUCUGUUAUACAAUCAGGUAGAAGUGCCUGUAGAUGUGAUGAAAGAUGAUGGAGAAUGUUAAUUACUACCCCCAAGGGGUGAGUAAUGUUCUGAUUCAUCAGAGGACAUCUGUUCAACAAUUGGUUUGAAUAUAUUGCAUUUUCUUUUUAAAAUUAGAAAAAAUUGGAGUUCUAAUUCUCUUGCAAAGAAGCCUCUUGUUUUCAUCAAUAAGUAUUGGAACACAGUCAUACUGAUCCUCCCCUUUAUUCCAUAGAGGGGUUAGUUUUGCUGAUGCCCUGAGUGAUCAAAACCCAUUUUUUUUCCUUCAUAUGGCAGCUUCACCAGAAUGUCUACAAGCAGUUUACUAUUAAGUCAAUAAAUAAUUACAAAAUUGCUGCACAUUGUAAUCCUCAAGAAUGACAGGAUCAGGUGAUGAUGAUGAAACUGACUUACUUGUCUUGCAUAGGCACCCAAAAUAUGCUGAUGAAUGCAUGGAAAUCCUCAAUGCACAAUGGCCUCGGAGUAAAGGAUUAAGGUUAAGAAGCUUAAAUUCUUCAUGUGAUCAGUUUCCAACUUCUCUUGCCUUAGUAAGAAAUAGUGUUGAUUCUAAAAAGGAAGAAGUGGUAGGACAUGCUAGAGUUAAUGUCCUGCCUAGAGAAGAAAAUGCUGCCUGGAUAGAAUCUGUAGUCAUCAGAAAUGAUUUGCGUGGGAAAGGUUAUGGUCGCAUCUUGAUGACAAAAACCGAAGAAUUUUCUAGAGCAUGUGGAUUCACCAUGGCAUAUCUUUCAACGCAUGAUCAGCAAAACUUUUAUGCUAAACUUGGAUAUGACUUUUGUCCUCCAGUUUGUAUAUAUGGAGGUUCUGUAAAUAGAAACAUUAUCCCAAAGCAGCUUCUGCUUUCCCAAAUGCCUCAUCAAAUGCCAUCAGUAUUAAAAGCCAGUGAACUGUGUAGGAUGUUAUCUACUCAGUGCACUAUAACUGAAAAGGAUAAGGUAACUACUCCAAAUAAUAAUCUACCUCCAGGUCAAAGUAACUAUGCAGUUAAGGAAAAUCAGCCAUCAACUCAAGUGCCAAAUUCUGUUCUUCCUCUCCCUAAUAUUUCUGCUGCCAGUUCAUCAUGUACUGCUCCUGGACCACCACCGCCACCACCACCUCCACCACCACCAUCGUCAUUAAAAAUAUCAAAAGAUGAUAUUCAUAAACUGGAUACAGCCACUGCAUCAAAAAUGUAUAUGAGAAAAAGUUUAAUAAAAUAAUUUUGCAAGUACUGCACAAUACUGUAGUUUCUAGAAGAAUAACAUACCAUACAUUAGUGUCUUCAAGCAUACAUAACAAGUAAGUUUAUAUUUAUUCGAGUACUGUACACUAUUCCUUUAUUUAUAUAAAUUUAAUUAAUUUCAGUAAUGACUUUUAUGGUAAGUUAUUUGGUGAGUCAGGCUUGCCAAAUGCCAUUAUAUAUUGCCUUGGCACAAGAUGCAAAUUAACAAAGAAAAUUAACAUAGACAUAGUGGGAAUAUGUUGAUAUUGCAAUCAUGAGAAAAUCAGGAACUAUUUUAAAUGGUGAUGUAAGGCAUGGAGUGGAAUAAAGCCCUGAUGUAAGUCUGGGGCCAACUUUAAUGUGUUAGUAUGAAAAUUUUUAUUUUAUUUUUGCAACAAUUAGCAUUUUAUUAAGUGAUUACUAUAUCAUUUGUUUGGAAAAAUUGAUAUAUACAUAUUGUUCUGUUACCCAACUAGUAGUAUUACAGCAAUCAGUAUGAUAGCUACUAUAUUCAAGUGUUAUGACUGCUGUUAUGGAUUAGAGUCAAGACCAUCAUAUACAGUUAUGUGUAGGUUGUCCAAGGUCCAACAUGUGCCUCUUUAAUUGCUUGACGUCUCCAUUUUCUGUGGGUGACUUGUAUAUUUGUCUCUGUCUCUGCCACAGCAAGAAUGAGUAUCCUAAAACUAACUAACCUGCCCAAAGGCCUCUGAACUACUAGUCAAUCAUUUUUCCCAAACUAAGCUUUCUUAUACUAUCCAAAAAGACAAAUGAUGAAGAGAGAAAAUUUGACAUGAGCACUAACACUGACAAUGAAAACAUUUUUCCGUCACUAGCUCAGUCAAGCAAUAGCAAAAGGUUAAGACAUAGUGUGAUAUGAUACACUUCUUACUGAAGGAGGAACUUCUUUCAAAAUUGAAUACUACAGAUGUUAAAAGAGGUCUGGCAUUACAAUAGUAACACAACUAGUAUAGCCCACAUGUGAGCAAAAGCUGAAAGCAAUUUGCAUUAUUCUAGUCUAAAAGAAACUCUACAUUCUCUUUAAAAUGUUUAUCAGAAAAUACUUCACAUAAAAAGGCAGCCUAGCAAAUAACUGUCAUAAUAAUGUAGCGGAUAAACACAUAAGUAUGAAAAGUUGAGGUGUUAGUGUAUCUUUUAGUUGACAGGUCAUGAAGCAAAAUAAUCAAGGAUGCAGAAACAUAAAAAAAAAAAAAAAUCAAGGAAACUGAUAA